AUGAAUAAAUUUUUAACUUUUGAGCAAUUUCCACGGGCAAUAUUCGAAAGACAUCCAAUUGAUUGCGAUAUAAAAGACGAUUUCAUGCUAAUUCUUGAUAAUGGAGGACAGUUUUUGCUAUAUUCCACAAAAACUGAUAAAUUAGUUAGAUUAGCAUUAACAGAUAAGUCAAUUGUCUCUCCUCCAUAUCAUGUAGCAUUAUCUCCUUCAAAUUCUCAUGCAGCUGUUGCAUGCGAAGAUGGUUCUUAUUCAAUUUUCGAUAUAACGAAUGCUAAGCUACUGAAAUCAUUUCCCAAAGCGAGAAAAGCUGGGAUUAAGCAGAUUAUGUAUUUAGGAGAAAACCAAAUCGUGAUUUUAGAUUCAAAUAAUUCUCUGACUCUGACAAAGAUAUCAAUCGGAUUAUUCGGCGUUUCUGCAAAAGACUUCGUUAUUUGUACAUUCCAAACUCCUCCAAUAUCGUUAAUUCCUGUAAAUUUUCCAAAUAAUUUAUCAAACUUCACGCAGAAAUUACAAAACUUAAUACUUGUAACAACAAAUGAGAAGUUUGUUGUUCUAAAUUGCGAGAGUUCAAAAGUUUUAGCAAGUAUUCCAAUAGAAAGCGCGAUUCCAACUUAUUCUUUAAAUCAACCUGAUGUUUUACAAAUAGGACUUGCAUCAAAGAACUUAGCAGUCGUUUACACUCUGAAUGGAUUCAAUUUAACCGAGAUUUCUCAUUGUCAGAUUAAUAAUAUUUCUCCACGAUGCUGUAAUUUCAUCAGAGAUGAUCUAUUACUUGUUACAUCAUUUAAUAACUCGUUUUACGUAUUCAAUUCUUCAAAUCCUACGACUCCACAAGUUUUUUCAGAUGAUAAUUUGUCUCAAGCCAUUUACGUGCCAAAUCCAAUUGAUAAAACAUUAUACAUAGCUAAGGAAAGUUCAUUAUUCGCCAUAAAACAGCGUACUUUCGUUGAAAAUUGUUCGACCAUUCAAGAUUACAAAAAUUUAUAUGAGAUUUCGGAACAAUUUUCGAAAGGUAACAUAGUUUCAGGCAGCGACAGUUGCUUACCAUUUGAAACUCGCACAGAAAUCAUUCAAUCAGUAUUUUCCAAGUAUUUUGUCGCAAAUAAAGCAUCGCAAGACAUAAUAGAGCUUAUAAUUAAAACAUCUAAAGAGUUUUCUCUCAGAAGAUUACCUUCAAUACUUGCUUUGAAUGAAUUUAAAAAUAAUAUUAAAGAAUUUGCUAAUUUAAUACCAAAAUACGAUCCGGAUGCAAGUAUUUUCUAUUACCCAACACAGUUCAGUAACUUGUUGUGUGAAAAUACGGAUUCAAAUCCGGAAUUUAUUCGAAAUUUACCUUCAUUGUCACUUUUUACAAAAUCUGUCUUCUUUUUAAGGACAGGAAACACCAAAGAAGCUUUAGCAACUAUAGAACAACUUGAUACUCCAACAGCUUAUAAUCUUUCUGUAAAUUUGGAUGAUUCAUCAGAAUCUUUGCCAACUCUCUUAAGAACACAGGCCAACUCUAUUACAGAUGCAACAAUAUGCGUAUCAAAGGCCUUGAGGUUGAAUGAUUUGCUCAGAAUCUUCCAAAACAGAGGUGAAUCCGAAAUUUGCCAAAUUUUAUCUUUUUGUGAGAAAAUUACCCUUAUGACACAAGGGAAACCAUACGACCUCGACGUAUUUUGCCAAAAAAUACUCGAAUUCGCAAUUUACGUCAAAUCUCCUCAAAUCACAAAAUUCUGUGUUGAAAAAGCCAUCAAAUACGCGAAGAAUUUGCCUGACCAAUUAACAACUUUCGUUCUGAGAGAGAUUUUCAAUAAAAACAGUGAAAAAGAAAUCUCUCAAUUUUUGAAUCAAAACGGUUACUCAGAAUUUUUGAGAAAGUUACAACCAAUUAUAGUUAAAGCCGGUUUUGAUAAUGUAGAAGAGCUUAUCUAUAGAAAACUGAAUGAUUUGAACAGAUUAAUUAAGUUUUUAUUCAUAAAAGACAGAAAAUCAGAAAUUUUCCAAGUAAUUUCCGAAAAAUCACAAACAAAAGCAGUUGAUGAUGCCAUAGUAGAGAACUGUGAGCUAUUGCUAUCAGUAGAUCAGCUUAAAUUAGCUGGUUUAAUGAAAAAUCAGGAAAUUUCAAACCAAAUUUACUCAAAACUUCCUGGAGACAAGAAAUUUGCAUUUGCACACAGUCUUUGUGAAACAAACAAGAAGUUAUUCGCAAGUUUACCGCUUAUUAAUGAAGAUUAUGUAAAUUACACGAAAUUCCUCAUAAAAUUCCACAAAAACGAAACGAUCAAGUUUAUUUCAGAGCGUUUCGACAUCAUGUCACCAAGUCUUCUCGUGGAAUUUGAGCGGGAACGAAUGUUUGACUGUGCGAUCUCAAUUUCUGUUUCUAUGAAUGAUCCAUUGCUUAUUCUGCAAUAUUCUCAAAGCGCUUUGAGAGAUUUCCUUGUUACAAUGACUUUUUGCGAUGUAAAUUUAUUGAAUGAUUUCCAACAAAAGUCAUUUAACGUCAUCAAUGAAACAAAGAAGUAUUUUAUUGAUUCUACAUCUGUUUAUUCGAUUCUGAAGUCUUUUGAAAUACCUUUCUUCUGUUUAUCGAAUAAUCAAACAGAUAAAUACUUCAUUGAACGUUCCACAGCCAUUUCUGUUGUUUACAAGUCAUCCUACAAGAUGAUCCCGCAGAAUUUUGCUUUUCCUGUCCUUAAUAACGUAAUAAUUCUUUCUUAUUCUGAUUCUUCUUUAUCAGGAUUCAGAAAUUUCAUUCCAAAAUACAUUCAAAAGUGUAUUGAAUCAGGAGACAUAAAUCAUAAUGAUAUCAGAGAAUCUGCUGGUGAUCCACUUUUAAAUAUAUUUUUAUCUAUGACUUCUUAG